AUGAUUUAUGGUGUUAUAUUAAUAAUAAUAAUAACACUUUUGUUGGUGUCGGUUUUUGUGUGGCACCCAGAUCCCACGACGCAAAAUCUACAGGAUCACAAUCCGCUCUACUUUACGUUCCAUGAGCAGACGAGCCAUCAACAGAUCACCAAAGCAAUCAUAUUGUGGUUGUACAAGAGACGGCUAGACGUGGUAAUCGACGACCAGGUUGUCAUGAUUGAUGUAUAUAGAGUCGACACAAACAACAUGCACCAAUCGAUAGUAGCCAAUAUACAGCUCGUGGUCAACACCACCGAACCGGGCUGGGUCUCUAUUGACUUACAGAGGAUGUCCGACUGGUUCAUGACCACUGACAGGCCAAAUAACCUGACGCUAGUGGUGCACGCGUACUACGAAAACAAGAACAUCACGCACGUAAGGACGCCAUACGUAACGGACGCCAGGAAUAUAGAAGACAUAACUGAGAUCCCGUACCUGGAGGUGCACACGGAAGACGACCAUCAGUCGCGGUCCAAGCGCUCCGUUCCGAGCGAAGAUUGCGUCGAUAACCUGGAAGCCAAUCGGUGCUGCCGACGCCCGCUGACGGUGAACUUCGAGGAAUUUGGCUGGAGUUGGAUCAUUGCGCCCAAGAGGUACGAGGCCUUCUACUGUUCUGGAGAGUGUACGUUGGAGCCUGUUUCAAAUAAAGUACACUCCCGCCUCGUCCAGCUCACCAACAAGUUGGGAAACGGACUGUGUUGCGCUCCCCGCAAGAUGAGCAGCAUAUCCAUGUUGUAUUUCGACAUAGAUUUGGAAAUCGUCUAUGGAACGUUUCCCGGCAUGGUGGUAGAGACGUGCAGGUGCAGUUAG